GGGGCCAUGCAUAUGGGGAGUAUGUUUCCUGGCGGAGCGAUAUUUGUUUACAGGAGGAGGGUUGUACUGUAAGUGAGUAGCGCUGAGAGAGGAGGCGGCUCUGUCAUAAAUUAAUAUUGAAAUUACUCCAUCAGUCCUGCACCCCCUUCCUCCCCCCCAACCCCCCCCAGCCGAGACCGGUCUCCUGGUCGGAUUGCACACACAUGCACUUGUUGCAGAGCCAUCUAAGAUGCUACCUGGGCAGGAGUCUUAGAAGCUGAUCUGCAUAAUCCUCAACAGCCAUACCAGGCUCCUUCCCCCACCCUGUGAGCAGCAUGCAAACAGCAUGACGGGCCAUAGAAGUGACCAGAGCCAAAAACUUUACUCAGCCAAUUGCUGCCAAGAUCACGGAGUGAAUUGCAUCUCAUUGACCAUUCAACCUUUGGCCUUUGCCCUGACCCUUGUGAAGACGUGAAGCCAUCUGCACUGGCCGUCAGUGUUGGGGGUCGACAAGGAGCCCCCAGCUCCCGCCAUGUAUAUGUAUUCCUCAGCUGUGGAGUAGCUCCAGAGGAGACUCUCAGCCUAUCUCAGGGUUUCAUUCUUUUUUCCCUUGUCCUUCUCUCCCUUCCUCCAUUUAUUUUUAAUGGUUCUGGUGCCUCUGUAUUUAGGACCAAGUAGGGAGCCAUGGGGGAUCAGCAGAUGUACAAAACUAAUCAUACCAUCCAUGGUAAUGAGAACCUUUAUUACCAACAGCCUCCACACAGUGCUCUCAGUGGGGGCAAUGGGAUCAACCACAGUUACGGGGGAACCGCGGCAGCAGGGGGGAGCAUGGAGGCUUCCCAGGCCUCUCCCCUUUCUCCUCAUUUCCCCCAGGACUCUCGGGACAACCUGGGCCUGGCAGCUGGUCCCAAGAACCUUGGCCUGAUGGACAGCUCAAGACAGACGGGCUGGGGGGGCCAUGCUGGACCUAACAACCACAUCCAGCUGCGCGGUAGUCUCUCUAACCCCAACAUGAUGUGGGGGGCGUCUGCUCAGGUGGAACCUGCCGAACCUUACUCGUACACCUACCCUCAGUCCAGUGAUAUCCGGGCCCAGAAAAUCACCAGCGGGGUCCUCCACAAGUUAGACUCUUUCACCCAGGUGUUUGCCAACCAGAACCUGAGGAUCCAGGUCAACAACAUGGCCCAGGUGCUACAUAGCCAGAGCUCCGUGGACGGCCCCAGUGACAGUGCCCUCCGCCAGUUACUGUCCCAGAAACCCUCUGAACCUCAGGCGGUGGCAGCCCCUCCUGCCGUCCCUCCCCGCUACCAGCAGAUGCCCCAUCAGACCCACUCCGCUUUUGCCAACGGUCCCCCCAAGCCAGCUAUGCGCGGGCAGCAUCCCUCCCAGGCCCAUCUGUACUAUGACUACCCUCAGCAGAUGGCCCAGAUGCCCGCCCAGGGCAGCCAGCCCUUGCAGGGCCAGCAGAUGCUGCCCCAGCCGAUGCCACCGAUGCAGCAGGCCCACUACUACCUGCAGCAGCCUCCGUCGGGACAGCAGCGGAUGCCCAUGCCGGACAUGCAGCAGCAGCAACCGCCACCGCCGCCGCCGCAGCAGCAGCCACAGAGCAGGGCGCAGCAGCUGCUGCCCCCGGCGCCCCAGCGACCCUGCUCCAUACAGUUACCUCAUUAUUACCCAACACAGCCCAUGAUGCCCCAGUUACAGCAGCAGCAGCAGCCACAGCAGCAGCCGCAGCAAAUGCAGCUGCAGCCCCCUUCCUAUCACAGGGACGCUGGCCCCAAAUCUGUGCAUGAGCCCCACCAGUACAGCCAGGAGCAGGCCCCCCACCCGGUGCAGCUCAUCCAGUUGGGAUCGAUGCCCCAGUACUUCUACCAGGACCCUCAGCCCCAGUACAGCCGGCACUUCUACCAGCAGAGCCUCUUGCAGCAGCAGCAGCAGCAGCAGCAGCAUCGCGAGAACGUGCAACUGAAGAAUUAUCAGAGUGACCGGCAAGCCCAGGCCAUGCUGGGCACCCAUGGUGGCCUGGGGCUCCCCGAGCCAGGGAUGGAGGACAUGAACUCAGCUGGCAACAGCCUGACGCAUCGGCCUCUCCUGCCACAAGCGGGGCUUCACCUCAACAGUAAGGGACCCCAGCACCAGCAGCUGUCUCCUGGUUCUAUGUGGUCCCAGAUGCACCUCUCUGAUGGCCGAGGCCAGCCACUGUCUCCUGAUCCAAGUGCUCAGCCCACAGGGGUAUUUGGGGAACAGCUCGAUGCUAAGAACAAAUUGACAUGUUCCAUCUGCUUCAAAGAGUUCAAGAGUCUGCCUGCCCUGAACGGCCAUAUGAGGUCGCACGGGGGCAUGCGAUCCUCCCCCAGCUUCAAGCAGGAGGAAGGAGAGAAGGCUCUGCAGCUCCAGCCACCUCCGCCACCCCAGCAGCAGCCGCCGCCGCCACCGCCGCUGCCACCCCAGUCGCAGCUCCCUCCUGAGGUGGAAAACCCCCUUCCUAUCGUCAUGCCCGUGUCUGUCCCUGUCAAGCUUCUCUCGCCUGAGCCCAGUCCACAGGUCAUCAGCAACAGCAUCACUGCAGCCAGAGACAAGCCGGCCAGCUCGAUGUCGGACGACGAGAUGCCCGUUCUCGUGAGGAUGACCCUCUCCCCCCCGAAUUCACCCAAAGUGGCUGCCCCCUGUGCACCCUCUGAAAUUCCCAGAAAGCAUCAGCCAGGUAUGGCCAGAACUGAAGAACACUUUAAGCCCACCCAGGACAAGAAGAAAUAUCGCCAUCGUCCAGAACCACUAUUCAUCCCCCCUCCCUCCUUUAACCUGAACACCACCUCCUCGUAUACGGCUGCCACCUUGUAUCAGAGCCAGCUGCGAUCCCCUCGCAUCCUCGGGGACCACCUCCUGGACCCUGCUCAUGAGCUGCCUCCCUACACGCCCCCACCUAUGCUGAGCCCUGUCCGGCAGGGUUCUGGCCUCUUCAGCAACGUCAUCAGCACCUCUUCCCACGGCGGCCCCCACCCGCAGCUGCCACUCACUCCCCUGACGCCCACACCCAGAGUGCUCCUGUGCCGUUCAAAUAGCAUUGAUGGUGGCAACUCAGCACUCACACCAGGCCUGGGGGAGCAGUCAUUGGACAUUGAACCACGCAUCAAUAUUGGUGUGAGGUUCCAAGCGGAGAUCCCCGAACUCCAGGAUGUGUCUUCCCUGAGCAAGGACACACACAAGGCCACACUGGUGUGGAAGCCCUGGCCAGAGCUGGAAAAUCAAGAGUUCCAGAAGAGAGUGGAGAAUCUGCUAAAUUUGUGUUGUUCGAGUGCAUUGCCAGGAGGAGGGACAAAUUCUGAAUUUGCCUUGCACUCUCUCUUUGAGGCCAAAGGUGAUAUUAUGGCUGCUUUGGAAAUGCUCCUGCUGAAGAAACCCAUCAGAUUUAAAUGUCAUCCUUUAGCAAAUUACCACUAUGCUGGUUCGGACAAGUGGACCUCUCUAGAAAGAAAACUAUUUAACAAAGCACUAGCCACUUACAGCAAAGAUUUUAUUUUUGUACAGAAGAUGGUGAAGUCUAAGACUGUGGCUCAAUGUGUUGAGUACUACUACACGUGGAAAAAAAUUAUGCGCUUAGGCCGGAAACAUCGGACGCGUCUUGCUGAGAUAAUAGAUGAAUGUGCGACAAGUGAAGAAGAGGAAGAUAUAGAAGAUGAUGAUGACUUGGAAGAAGAUAGGAAGUCCACAAAAGAAGAUGAUCCAGAUGUGCAGAAAUCACCAGAUCCUCCCCCAAUAUCACUUGUGGCACCUGCAGACCUGCCAGCGCUUCAGAGUCUUACACCUUCCUCAGUCUCUUUUGUGUGUGAAAUGCCAAACUGUGGUGCUGUGUUCAGCUCUCGGCAGGCACUGAAUGGCCAUGCCCGCAUCCAUGGUGGAACAAACCAGGUGGCCAAAGCCCGGUGCUCGGUUCCCCCUGCAAAACAGAAACAAGGUGCCCAGAGUGGGUAUUGUUCCGUGAAGAGCUCACCAGCUCACAGCACAGCGAGUGGUGAGACCGACCCGACCACUGUCUUCCCCUGUAAGGAGUGUGGAAAGGUAUUUUUCAAGAUCAAAAGCCGUAAUGCCCACAUGAAGACACAUAGACAACAGGAAGAGCAGCAGAGGCAAAAAGCCCAGAAAGCUGCAGUUGCUGCUGAAAUGGCAGCUGCCAUUGAGAGGACUACUGGGCCAGUGGGAGCUGGGUUGAUUCCUCUGGACCAUCUGGGUUUAAUAAAACACGUGGAGGAUGUCGACAUUCUUGGUGACGAUGUUGUCCAGGAAUUGGGAGGUGUCAUUGAAGAGACUGAAGUUGUGGACACAGACCUCCUCUUGGAUGAUGACACCACUCUUUUACAGGGUGACACAGAACUGUAAAGAAUCCUAUGUCCCUGAGAGACAAUUCAGGCCCUUGGCAUUCAUCCUUAAUGGUCAGGAAUCUAUGACUGCCUGCAUUAUUCUCAGCCAUUUAAACUACCUGUUUUUAAAAGGAGUUCCUUUUAUUCAGGUCCAGAAAAAAAAAAGAAAAAGAAAAAUCUUUUAUUUUUUUCCCUGUUUUUUUUUAAAAAGAAAAAAAUUUGGGGGGGUGGGAGGGAAAUAAAUAAUUGGCACAAAUAUCUUUAAGAAAUGUUUCAUCUGGGUUAUGUUCUCAUGAGUUCACUCCUGACAGCUCCUGAAGGUGGAUCUGGUGUUGCAUCUCCAUUUUUCCCCCAGAUGUUUUUCAUAGGUAAGAUCUUAAGUCUCAGGCAUCAAGUGUACAUUUUACCCAAAGCUUCUCAUGUGUUUGGAGGGCACUAUAGAUUUAGGUUGGGGACUUAGGCCAUGCUUCUCCAGGCAAUGCGAGAAUCUAUAUUCCAUUGUCCCAUUGCAUCCUUGCAACUAGAUGCAGUGGUAGUAAAUUGGGCAAAAUGGGCCCUUUUCUGUCAUUGUUCCUUCAUACACAUCCUUGGAUUAAUUGAGCCAAUGUGAAUGAAGGUCCAUCUUCACACUGCCUUUCUUGUAAAUGGUGGUUCUCUUUAUAGGAAUCAAAGUGCUAUGUAUUCUCAGGCUUCUCUCCAUCAGGGUUCUUAAUAAGGCAGUAGUUUACCAUUCCCCCAGGUGGGAGAACAGAGCUGAUGCUUCUGUGGGUGGAGCCCACUUGGGAUUAAAAUGCUGCUUGUUAAGAGGGCCACAUUUGGUGACCCUGACCUCACUAGUGACAGCUACUAUGGUAUUAGAAGAGGUGAAGGGGAUCCCAGGCUACAAGCCUAUUACAAGUGAGGUAUACUGAUAUAGCAGGGUGGGAGUUCUUCCAUUUGUGGGGAGGGAGAGUAGUGGACUUCCUAAGGUAAGGAAUUGUCUUAGGAACAAGGCUUUUCUUUGUAGAACAAGGUAGCUGAUAGGAGGUUCAUAAUCCUUUUAGUACCACUGUUCACACUCAACAGGGGAGCCCAAAACAAGACCUUGUGCCAUUUAGAAGUACUGUGAAAACUCAUUAGGAUUUAGCUUGGACUCACAGAUGCUAGACUGAAGUUUACCUCUGCACUAAAUAUGGGAUGGGGAAGGGGUUUGCCAAGCCAAAUAUUGGCAAUAAACAAGGGAAAUGUUGAAUGAAGAAGGUCCAUGGUGAUUCCACUAUACCCCUUAAGCCACAAUAUGCUAGCAUUCAGACCCGGAAUAUGUUUAGUAUGAAUGAUGUACUAAAGUAAUUUUUGGGGUUCUCUGAAGACAUAGCUGGGCUCCCCCUUCCCUUGACCCUGACAGCAGUGUUACUGUGCAUACUUGAAAGUAAUAAAUCUUUAAUUCUUUUACAAGUAGUUUAUAUAGCUCAGAUACUUUUCCACUUCAACUAAGACAGUCUUCCACUAGGGAAACUAGGGAGGUUCUACAAUUGGGACCCAAUCUGGUAGGAAAUAGUGUUCUCACAGACAAACCACUGUAAAGUGAAUGCCAUGUGACUUUUUAAACCUUUUGGGAGACUAAAGGCCUUUUUCCUUCCCACCAAUCUUCUUUCAUCUUCUGUCUCUGAGGAUCCUGAUUCCUUGUGCUGAUCUAGUAAGUGAUGUGUCCCCAUCAGUGACUUGCCAUUGGAUAGGAUUAGAGGAGAAGUGAGGGAUUUCAGAAGGGAAGAGCUUGACCACUUUUCAUAAUGGUCUUUCAACACUCUACAGGGAACAUCUCUCCAGGAAAAGGCCAGCCCAGUAUCUUUCAUCACAUAGGCUGCUUGGCGUAUGUACUCCUGGCUCAUGCACAAAAGCCCCAGAGCAUAAUGACAAAAUUAUAAGCAAAUGAAUAAAUGAGCCUCAUUUCAAUCAAUUGUCCUUUUUUUUUAAAAAUGGAAUUUCCUAGUUUCCCUCUCCCUCUGCUUAAAAUAUGUAUAGUUGUAUGUCAUUCAUUGUCAUUUCAGAUGGGUUUUGAGGUCUCAGAUUUCAUGCAUCUUUUAAAUGAACUUUUUUUUUUUUUGACAUGUAUUGAGGAAUUUCUGGCAAUCUCCCCCAUGUUGUGAAACCAUUACAGAUCUAUUCAACCCAAGAUUUUCAUGGUGUCAUGAGUGUCAUGGUUGGACCAACUGGUACCUCCAAGGCCAGUCUGUCCCUGGGUCAUUAGAGCCCCAGGUUUAGUAGAAUGGCUCUAAGGGUGGCCCUGCUUCUGGGUCCAAAGUCACAGCAUCUCUGGGAUCUGAAAAUCUGUCAAACCUAAAAACAUACAGAGCUUAUAAAGAUAGUGCAUUCCUUCUACUCAGAGGAUGACCCAGAUGUCCCAGGUUUUCAACAUUAAAGAGACAAAAUUCAGAAGGCACAAUUUUAACUUACCACCUAAUUCCACAUAAUAUUUACUUUAAAUAACCAAAGAAUUCUCCCCUUACAGAUGGGCCCAAUUCCCUAUAUCUGUUAUUUCCUGAUCAUUUAUACAUAAAAGAAUCAAAUUCAUAUUAAAAGAAUGCACUUACCUUUCUACUUUUACUUUUCAUUAAGAAAAAAUAUAUAUAUUCUGCCUGCAUCAAUUAUCUUGUUUUGGCUUCUUCCCCUUACAAAAAAAGCAAACACUUUUCACUUAACGGUUAAUGUCUUCAACAAGGUUGAUGUUUACUCUCAGAUGUUUUCACUAGUGAAUCUAGUCCUCUUUGAGAAAGCUUGUACAGAAAAAGUUAACAGAUAUAUUUUAUGGAAAAAAAAGCCCAUCUUAUUUUCAGAUAUAUUUAACUGCUGUUAUAUUUUAUUAGCAGAAGGGUGUAAAUAUUUUCUAGGAGUUCUAUUGUAAAGAAGAGUAUUUUUGAAAAAAAAAGUUUAAUGUAUUAAAAAAGAAAACAUUUUAAAGCUGUGGUUACGUUCGGUUCCUGUUAUUACUUCCUGAUGUUCUGUUCAACAGCUCGCUUGCAUGCCUUCUCCUUGCUGGAUGUAAUUUAUUCAGGUUUGUGCCAUUUUUGAGUUUGAUUUCAUGAUCUUUGGUGUGUUCGGCUGUAUUUCCCCAGCAUGCAGUAUACUUGGUACAUUGCCAAAGCGCUUUGUAUGACAUAUUCAUAGUAUUUCCUUUUGUGAUGUGUUGUGUUUGUGUGUGUGUGUUUUUUUAAAGAAAGAAAAAAUAAAGAAUUUUAUGUCGCAUUUCAGCCAAAACAGAA